UUUGGAGGCCACAUUUUGCUCCUGGAAAUCAGGCGCUGCUGCUAUAAUUGUCUCCGAAAUACUUCCGGGUUGCGGGUGGUUGGCAUCGCCAAUUUCGCCAAUUACACCGGCCUUCCUCAAGCAUGGCUAUGCGAACACCUUCCCGAUGUGCAUGCCAUCCCAGGGACCUACUCCGAGCCACAA